CUUCCGCCCGCCCAGGAUGGAGGCGCCCGCCAGCGCGCAGACCCCACACCCGCACGAACCCAUCAGCUUCGGCAUCGACCAAAUCCUCAACAGCCCGGACCAGGACAGCGCACCCGCCCCGCGGGGCCCCGACGGCGCCAGCUACCUGGGAGGGCCCCCGGGGGGCCGUCCGGGCGCCGCGUACCCGUCUCUGCCCGCCUCCUUUGCCGGCCUCGGCGCGCCCUUCGAGGACGCGGGAUCUUACAGUGUCAACCUAAGCCUAGCCCCCGCCGGCGUGAUCCGGGUGCCAGCGCACAGGCCGCUACCCGGGGCCGUGCCGCCGCCUCUGCCUAGCGCGCUGCCCGCCAUGCCCUCUGUGCCCACGGUCUCCAGCCUGGGCGGCCUCAAUUUCCCCUGGAUGGAGAGUAGCCGCCGCUUUGUAAAGGACCGCUUCACAGCGGCGGCCGCUCUCACGCCCUUCACCGUGACCCGGCGCAUUGGUCACCCCUACCAGAACCGGACGCCGCCCAAGCGUAAGAAGCCGCGCACGUCCUUUUCCCGGGUACAGAUCUGUGAGCUGGAAAAGCGCUUCCAUCGCCAAAAGUACCUGGCCUCGGCCGAGAGGGCGGCGCUCGCUAAAUCCCUCAAAAUGACGGACGCGCAGGUCAAGACCUGGUUCCAAAAUCGGAGGACCAAGUGGCGGCGGCAGACGGCGGAGGAGCGGGAGGCCGAGCGGCAGCAGGCGAGCCGGCUCAUGCUGCAGCUGCAACACGACGCCUUCCAGAAGAGCCUCAACGACUCCAUCCAGCCCGACCCGCUCUGUCUGCACAACUCUUCGCUCUUUGCUCUGCAGAAUCUGCAGCCCUGGGAGGAGGACAGUUCCAAGGUCCCCGCUGUCACCUCGCUGGUGUGAAGCCGCCAGCGUGCACCGCAGCUAUGGAUCGCCGCCCCCACCAAGCGGGGCGCCCGGGUCCCCCCAGCCGGGCUGGGGAGGGAAG